CAUGACUUGUGACAUGGCUGGCACUCUGGAACGAGCACGCAACGCCACAGAGGGACGGACAUUACCGUAGGACUUGGGUAGCUCGCCCACUAAACGCCCUAGCUGGCAGAGUGGAGCGAGGCUGUGUGGAGAAAAGGGAGCUACGGAUAGAGCUCCUGCGCCAUCGCCCUGUCGGCGAAGUGCGUUUCGCCCGUCCCAAGUCGAUUGAGACUGCAUAGCGUACCGUACAACUUGCUGGCGCUGGCAAAAUAUGAACAUCGUGUUCGAUUUGGGCCAACUUUUUUUCUGCUUCUCCGACUUCUCCCCGUCAGCAGGACGCUCCACAGUGCGUCUCUCGCAUGUACCGUCUGUUUCGGUGGCUAGCAGAUGACGUAGCCGCUCAAUCCUUCAACACCAGCGUCGACCGGGGGGGCAACAAGCUUAACAUCCCCCAGCCCGGCGGCCCGAGCGUCCACAUCCACCUUGCCUUGCCUUGCGCUUGCAUCAAUCUUGUUUUCGGAUGUGGCCUGGCCUGGCACUGGCUGGCUGGCUGGCUGACUGCCAUACGCUCACCAGCAGUUACUAGUCGCUGACUUUCACCCUCCUCAACACCCGCUCUUGCGUCGACUACAUCCCCUACACCUCUGCCCUCGCUGUUGAAUGAGCGCUCAGAACCUCCAGAACCCGCAGAACAAUCCCAAGAACAAUCCCAGCAACGACGACAGAUCCCCCACCAUGCCUGAUUCCGGAUCCGACUCAGAGCCGCACAUGCGGACUGAGAUGCAGCAGCAAAAGGCCAUCAACGCAAAGAAGCAGGCGAAGCGGGAAGCUGGCGAACAGUCGGCACGGUCGCGAUCUCAGUCUCGUCGUGCCCGUCGCCAGCGGAUCCAGAAGGGCCAGGAAGAUGGCAAAUAUAUGAAGACGACAUCCCUCGAGGCUCUCGAAGAGGCCGAUGCCAGCGGCGAGCUCAACAAGAUGCAAAUGUUUGAGCGCAUCGGCCCCGACAGCACCUCCAUGGACGGCCCCGUUACCCACGCCCGUGCCAUGCGAGGCGAGAUUCCUGUCCGAGGAAGCGAUCCCAACCAGCCCUACUACAUGACUCCCGAGAAGCCAAAGGGCGCUUUGGAGGAUACCGAUGGCCUGAAACUCACCCUCGAGGCCAAUCUUGACAUUGAGAUUGAACUCAAGGCCUCUAUCAGAGGGGAUCUGACUUUGUCUUUGUAGUAAGUCAUGCUAGCCUUCCUGCUUCAUUCGUAUCCACCCCCCUUGCACCCCAUUUUGGCAUUUUCUUUGCAUGACCACCCUCCUGCGGCGUCAUAUAUAUCCUCUUGCUUAUGGUGUCCAUUAAC